GGCGGCCGCUCUGGGUGCUGCCCGGCACUCGCCACUUCCGGCGCGUUAGAACUGUUGGCUGGGGGCUUCCGCGCGUCUACAGCGGGCGGCUCCGGGGCGGUCUAGGGGCGCGCGCAGGGAUGCUCUAGUUGGGGCGGUGGCAGGCGAGAGGGCUGAGGCGGUGAGGACAGCGCGAGUCCGCGGGCCUCUGAGCUGAGCCAGUCACCCGGGCCGUGCCGCGCCUCCGAGGCCCCUCCAGCCUCCACCCGCUGAGCCUCGGGCCGGCUCGCCGCCGCAGGGCGGCUCGCAGAGGCCGGGGAGCCCCUGCCUGGGCCCGUCGCCUCCCUUUCGGGGGUCGGGCCUGGGCGGGGGUCCCGAGCAGCUGCCUCGCCGGCCUUCGAGCCCCAUUUCCUGCUUUUUCAGUUUCCUUGGGCAGGGGAAGGGGGUUGUGGAUGUGUUGUCCCUGGGGACCCUGAUGAGGCGGACCGGGAGGCCGUUCCCUUUUUAGGGGUCCCCGUGGGUCCAGAGUGUGGAAGGAGUCGUCUUUGCAUGGGCGGGGAACUUCCCGAGCCUGUUGGGACCAUGACCUGAACUGUUCGAGCCCGCCGUGUCCGAAGCCCAAGAUCCUGCUCACCUGAGCCGCCCCUCCCCGGCCAGCAUGGCAUCUGAAGAAGCCUCCCUCAGAGCAUUGGAAAGUCUGAUGACAGAAUUUUUUCAUGAUUGUACAACGAAUGAAAGAAAACGUGAGAUAGAGGAGCUUCUUAAUAACUUUGCUCAGCAAAUAGGAGCCUGGAGAUUCUGCCUGUAUUUUCUCUCCAGCACUAGGAAUGACUAUGUCAUGAUGUACAGUUUAACGGUUUUUGAGAAUCUGAUCAAUAAAAUGUGGCUUGGGGUACCAUCUCAGGAUAAGAUGGAAAUCCGUAGCUGCCUGCCCAAACUCCUUUUGGCUCACCAUAAAACCUUACCUUACUUUGUCCGGAAUAAGCUUUGCAAAGUUAUCGUUGAUAUUGGACGUCAAGAUUGGCCCAUGUUCUACCAUGACUUUUUUACUAACAUUUUACAGUUGAUCCAGUCCCCUGUAACAACUCCCCUUGGGCUGAUCAUGUUGAAGACAACCUCAGAAGAGCUAGCUUGUCCACGUGAGGACCUCAGUGUGGCUCGGAAGGAGGAGUUGCGGAAGCUGCUGCUGGACCAGGUGCAGACUGUGCUUGGGCUCCUGACAGGUAUCUUGGAGACCGUCUGGGACAAACACAGUGUUACUGCUGCCACUCCACCACCAUCCCCGACCUCAGGAGAAAGUGGUGACUUGCUGAGUAACCUGUUGCAGAGUCCUAGUUCAGCCAAGCUUUUAAGUCAGCCAAUCCCCAUCCUCGAUGCAGAGAGCGAGUAUGUCUGCUCCUUGGCCCUGGAGUGCCUGGCCCAUCUCUUCAGUUGGAUUCCUCUGUCUGCCAGCAUCACCCCGUCCCUCCUCACCACCAUCUUCCACUUUGCACGCUUUGGCUGUGACAUCCGAGCCAGAAAAAUGGCGUCAGUGAAUGGCAGCAGCCAGAACUGUGUUUUGGGUCAGGAGCGUGGUCGACUUGGGGUCCUGGCCAUGUCCUGCAUCAAUGAACUCAUGUCCAAGAACUGUGUGCCUGUGGAAUUUGAGGAGUAUUUACUACGUAUGUUCCAGCAGACUUUCUACCUCUUGCAGAAAAUCACCAAGGAUAACAAUGCCCACACAGUGAAGAGUAGGCUUGAAGAGCUUGAUGAGAGCUACAUUGAGAAGUUUACCGACUUCCUGCGGCUCUUCGUGAGUGUUCACCUAAGGAGAAUUGAGUCCUAUUCCCAGUUUCCCGUGGUGGAAUUUCUGACACUUUUGUUCAAGUACACCUUUCACCAGCCUACUCAUGAAGGUUACUUCUCUUGUUUGGAUAUCUGGACACUCUUUUUGGACUAUCUAACAAGUAAAAUUAGAAGUCGUCUGGGAGACAAGGAAGCAGUUCUCAACAGGUACGAAGAUGCCCUGGUCCUCUUGCUCACAGAGGUGUUGAAUCGAAUCCAGUUCAGAUACAACCAGGCCCAGCUGGAGGAGUUGGAUGAUGAGACUCUGGAUGAUGAUCAGCAGACAGAGUGGCAGCGGUACUUACGCCAGAGCCUGGAGGUAGUGGCCAAAGUGAUGGAGCUCCUUCCUACACAUGCCUUCUCAACUCUGUUCCCAGUUCUUCAGGACAAUUUAGAAGUUUAUUUGGGAUUACAGCAGUUUAUAGUUACUUCAGGCUCAGGACACAGGCUGAAUAUCACUGCAGAGAAUGACUGCCGGCGCUUACACUGCUCCCUGAGAGACUUGAGCUCCCUGCUGCAGGCUGUGGGUCGCCUAGCUGAGUACUUCAUCGGAGAUGUGUUUGCUGCAAGAUUCAAUGAUGCCCUCACAGUCGUAGAGAGGUUGGUCAAAGUGACUCUGUAUGGAUCUCAGAUAAAACUGUACAACAUUGAAACUGCAGUGCCAUCGGUAUUGAAACCCGACCUCAUUGAUGUGCAUGCGCAGUCCCUGGCCGCACUCCAGGCCUACUCUCACUGGCUGGCACAGUACUGCAGCGAAGCACAUCGGCAGAACACGCAGCAGUUCGUGACGCUCAUCUCUACCACCAUGGAUGCCAUCACACCUCUCAUCAGCACCAAGGUCCAAGACAAACUGCUGCUCUCCGCGUGCCACUUACUGGUCUCCCUCGCCACCACUGUGCGCCCUGUCUUUCUAAUUAGCAUCCCUGCGGUGCAGAAGGUGUUCAACAGGAUCACUGAUGCAUCUGCUCAGAGGCUUGUUGAUAAGGCACAAGUGUUGGUGUGUCGAGCAUUGUCUAACAUCUUGCUGCUUCCAUGGCCAAACCUUCCUGAGAAUGAGCAGCAGUGGCCUGUGCGCUCUAUCAACCAUGCCAGCCUCAUCUCUGCGCUCUCCAGGGACUAUCGCAACCUGAAACCCGACACUGUCACCCCUCCAAGAAAGAUGCCACUGGAUGACACCAAAGUGAUUAUCCACCAGACACUCAGUGUCUUAGAAGAUAUUGUGGAAAAUAUCUCUGGGGAGUCCACCAAGUCCCGACAGAUCUGCUACCAGUCACUGCAGGAAUCUGUUCAGGUCUCCCUGGCCCUCUUUCCAGCUUUUAUCCAUCAGUCAGAUGUGACUGAUGAAAUGUUGAGCUUCUUCCUCACUCUGUUUCGCGGCCUUAGAGUACAGAUGGGUGUGCCUUUUACUGAACAAAUCAUACAGACUUUCCUCAACAUGUUUACCAGAGAACAGUUGGCUGAAAGCAUCCUCCAUGAAGGUAGCACUGGCUGCAGGGUGGUGGAGAAGUUCCUGAAGAUCCUGCAGGUGGUGGUGCAGGAACCUGGCCAGGUGUUCAAGCCCUUUCUCCCCAGCAUCAUUGCCCUGUGCAUGGAGCAGGUGUAUCCCAUCAUCGCCGAGCGUCCUUCCCCUGAUGUGAAGACUGAGUUAUUUGAGCUCCUUUUCCGGAUGCUCCACCACAACUGGCGCUACUUCUUCAAGUCCACUGUCCUGGCCAGUGUACAGAGGGGAAUUGCCGAGGAGCAGAUGGAGAAUGAGCCCCAGUUCAGUGCCAUCAUGCAGGCUUUUGGACAGUCCUUUCUCCAGCCGGACAUCCACCUUUUCAAACAAAAUCUAUUCUACUUAGAGACUCUCAACACCAAACAGAAGCUGUACCAUAAGAAGAUCUUCCGGACCACCAUGCUCUUCCAGUUUGUGAAUGUGCUGCUCCAGGUCCUGGUUCACAAGUCCCACGACCUCCUGCAAGAGGAGAUUGGCAUCGCCAUUUACAACAUGGCUUCUGUCGACUUCGAUGGCUUCUUUGCAGCCUUCCUCCCAGAGUUCUUGACCAGCUGUAAUGGUGUGGAUGCCAACCAGAAAAAUGUGCUGGGACGGAAUUUCAAGAUGGAUCGGGACCUGCCCUCGUUCACCCAGAAUGUGCACAGGCUGGUCAACGACCUGCGCUACUACCGACUCUGCAAUGACAGCCUGCCCCCCGGCACUGUGAAGCUCUAGACCCAAUGCCAAGGGACACAGACUGCUGCAGUUGCCGCACCGCCUCCACCUCCCACCGCAGGUGUCACCAGGCAAGUUUCAGCCAAUCCUUGGAGUCUCAGCCCUGAACAGCGAGGCUGGCCUCUGCCCCUCCUCCACUGCCCGCUCCUGCCACCACCCAGCAGAGCUGGCUUCAGGGUCCAUCACCACACUGGUUGGAGUGCCCAGGGCAUUCGGAGCAGGUGGAGCCAUGUGUCCAAGUGCCUAGGGAGGCACCAGGAAAUCCUUUGAGGCGAUCUGUGCAUAUCAGCCACGGGGCAGAAGCACCAAGGACAGUUUACGACAGUGCCACCUUCUCACCAUUCCACCUCCCUACCCUCCAGGGUCCAGCUGGCCAGGAGAAACAUGAUGUUGGAACUGUUUCUGCCGAGCCUCCCCUUCCCUCCGAUUGCCUUGAAGUCUCUGCUCUGCCAGGGAUUUGCAAAGACUCGUGUUUUUGUUCUUGUUUUCUCAUCAUUCCAUUGUGAUACUAAGAAAUGAAGCUUAAAGAGAAAUAAAAUGCUUACCUUGUUAUAUAAA